CGCUUUUACCUUUCUUCAUGAUUAAUUGAACUUUACGUUUUCUGUGAAUGCACUUCGUAAAAACUGUCAAAGGAAAAAGCGAAUGGAUUAUCUCAUCGAACCGUCUCGAACCUUCAUUUCCUACUGCUACGAAUUGACCAAUAACUUCGGAUCCUGAGGCGGCUUAAUUGAUGGAGUGCGAUGUAUGCGAACAGCCAGGGCGUCGAAAGUUCUUUUGCGAAGUCUGUCUCAAAGAACGCCUUCUCAUUCAUCGCUCCUCACUUAAGAGACUCGGAGAAAACCACGAAGCAACUGUCAAGAGAGCUUUACCUGUUCUCGAAGCUCCUGAUGGUGUGCAAGAGCGUCGAAUCGCAAAGGCUCGCCGCGCAAGAUUACUUUCCGAUUGCUUAUCUCUCGAGUCUAAAGAUGUACAAGUGACAGAUGCGUUACGUCAAUCACAAACCAUCAUUGUCGCCAAAAGGACUCAGCUUUCUAUCAGACGUAAUCGAUUAAAUCAAGCCCGAGAGCAGCUUGAAUCCAGACGUAGCCCUGCAAAAUCUUCAACGAAACAACAAUCGUACAUCCCGGGGGUACCUCUAUCGACUUCUGCUACAAAUCUCAUCGACAUUCGCCAACAAAUUCUCAUCACAGAGCAACAUUGGGGUGAAGUCAUCAAAAAUUUGAUUGUUGUGCGCCGGAGUUUGAUUAGUCAACUCUUGUCCAUAUAUCCCAUUACCGCCCAUCGCACGUCGGAGG